AACCACCGCCUCCUCCAUCUCUGCUUCUCUUUGCCUCGCUUCACCUGCCGGCACCGCGCGCGCACCAUGUCCUCCUCCUCCGCCGCCCCGCCGGCCUGGAUGUGGUGCCACGAGUGCCAGAUGGAGAUCCAGCCGCUGCGUAUCCCCGAGCUUGCCUGCCCGCGCUGCCGCGGCUCCUUCAUCGAGGAGCUCGACGGCACCGAGGAGCACGUCGACGACGAUGGCGAGGAGGAGGAGGAGGACGACGAGGAUGCCCGUGCCUGGCCGUUUCUCGGCAACCAGCCGCCGCAGCAGCGGCGGCAGGAGGAACAGCAGGCGGGCGCGGGCAUCGGAGCGGGCAUCGGAGCGGGCGCGGCACACUGGCUCUCGGCUCUGUUUGGCGGCGCGGCGGCGGGAGGACAGCAGCAGCCGAUGCAGCGCGUGCAGGCCAGCGGUAGCAUGCCUGCGUUUGGCGGCGGCUGGGAGCUCAACUGGAACGUGCAGCGCGGAGAGGGAGAGAUGCCCUUGACGUUAAGCGAACUGAUGGCUGGCGGCCGGCGCGCUCGCCCACCGUCAUCCGAAGGCGACGAAGAGCCCUUCGACGACGGCAUGGGCGGUGCAGGCGGCGCCGCAGACGGCCGGCACUUCAACCACGACAACCCGAACCGCGCUGGGCCUUCCGCACCCAUGCCGGGCGCGUUCGGCGCCGACGGCUCCAACAGCGGCCGUCGCGAGCCAGUCUUUCUCGGCGGCUCGGGUCUGGCAGGCCUUGGCCGCGCGCAAGGCUGGGCGCCCGGUCCUCCUCCACCGCGGCCCGGUGCGCCGCGCGAGGAUGCAGAGCCGGCAGACCUGCCGCCGGAGCUGCAGGCGCUGCGCCAGAUGUUCACCAACAUCCUCGGCCCCGGUGCGGCGGGCAUGCUGGACAUGUUCGGCGGCGCACUGAUGGGCAUGGGCGGAAGGGCUGGCGACUAUGUGUGGGGACAGCAGGGACUUGAUGAUGUGAUCUCGGAUCUGAUGAAUCAGACGAACGGAAGCUCGGCGCCGCCGCCGGCUGAUGAGGAGACGAUCGGCAAGCUUGAGAAGCGCUCUCGACGACAGCCGGACACGUUCGCUUCGGCGAGGAAUCGCGAGUGCCCGACGUGCAUGGACGUCUUCGUACCCGAAGCCAGCUCUUCGCGCAGCGCGUCGCCGGCGCCAAAGGCUGCCGAGGCGCCAGCCGACGAUCCGCCAGAGGUCGUGCCCAGCGACGAGGACAUGCAGCAGGACGAGCUGCUCCUCAUGCCGUGCCAGCAUCUCUUCCACGCCGACUGUCUCGUGCCGUGGCUCAAGCGCAGCGGCACAUGCCCCGUCUGCCGCCUCUCAAUCGUCGGCAAGACGUCGCCUGCUGCCUCUGGCGAAGCAGCAGCGGCGACGGGCGCAUCCGGCAGUGCUUCUGCCGGCACAGCUGCGCAGUCUGGCGCAGCGACGUCGAGCAGAGGCAUGCAUGACGGCAGUGGCGUGACGGGCGAAGACACGGAUGAGGAGGAAGAGCAGGAGGAGGAGACGCCGGAGAUGCGAAGGGAGCGCGCACGCAGGGCAGCAGAGACUCGCGCUGCGAGGCCAGACGAGGCGCGCAUGCCGGGAGCAUUGGGUCGGGAUGCGGACGAGCUUGAUCUCGACUGAUCGCUCCGUCGCGCAGGGAACGAGAGGGGCAUCAAUGACAUUCACUCGUUACCGCACUGCCGUCUGCUUGCAUCUAUGGCGAUGGCUGUGCUUGUGCGGCACCGUCGACAGGUGCUUCCUCAGCCGUCUCCUCGAACGUGACGAGCUCCACGCCUUCGCCGACCAUCUCGCCCGCACUGGCCGCGAUCUUGGCGACAACGCCGGCGCGGGGAGCACGC